AUGCCAGCCACCCACGACUCCAAGACUGCCACGGCCGACGACGACCUCAAGAGGGUCGAGUCGGUAAACUCGUCGGCCACGCCCGAGCAGCAUGGGCAUGGCGACGUCCAGCCCAGCCACACAUACGACCACGAGAAGAGCCUGGUCCUGAAGUUUGACGUGCGUCUGAUGCCGGUCUUGGCCUUUAUGUACCUGUGCAAUGCCCUCGACAAAGGCAACCUCGGAAAUGCAAAGACAAACAACAUCGAAAAGGACCUCAACCUCAAGCCCACCGACUGGAACAUCAUCCUCAGCAUCUUCUUCGUGCCGUAUGUGCUCUUCGCCCCGCCGCUGGCCUUUCUGGGCAAAAAGUAUGGCCCCGCAAGGGUGCUGCCCAUUCUCAUGUUUUCAUUCGGGAGCAUGACGCUCCUGAGUGCGAGUGUGCACAACUUUGGGGGCAUCUUUGCCCUGAGAUGGUUUCUGGGCAUGGCCGAGUCGGCCUUCUUCCCCUUGGUCAUCUACUACUUGACCACAUUCUACCGGAGAGGAGAGCUGGCACGCCGGCUGGCCAUGUUCUACGCCGCGUCAAACAUCGCAAACGCCUUUUCCGGCUUGCUUGCGUUUGGCGUCUUCCACAUUGACUCCUCGCUGCCGGGCUGGCGCUAUCUCUUCCUGAUUGAAGGCGCCAUCACAGUUGCCUUCUCCCUCUUCGCAUUCUGGUACCUCCCCCGUUCCGCCGCCGAAGCCCGCUUCCUCUCCGAGCCAGAACGCAACCUCGCCUUCACCCGCAUCCAGGAAGACUCCUCCUCGACCGUCAACGAGCCCUUCAACCUGCGCGACGCCCUCGCCAUCUUCCGCACCCCCGCCACCUACGGCUUCCUCGCCAUCGAAAUCUGCCUCGGCGUGCCCCUGCAGUCCGUCUCCCUCUUCCUGCCCCAGAUUGUCGCCCGCCUCGGCUACAGCCCCAUCAAGACAAACCUCUACACCGUCGCGCCAAACAUCGUCGGCGCCCUCGUCCUGCUCCUCCUCGCCUUCGCCUCCGACCUCUCGCGCAUCCGCUUCCCCUUCAUCGCCCUCGGCUUCCUCCUCACCUUCUCCGGCUUCAUCAUCUACGCCGCCAUCGACGUGCACGGCCAUGUCCAGACGGCCUACUUUGCCUGCUUCAUGAUGACCUGGGGCACGUCCGCGCCCUCGGUCCUGCUCUCGACAUGGUACAACAACAACGUCGCGCACGAGGGCCGCCGCGUCACCCUCACCUCCGUCGGCGUCCCGCUGGCGAACCUGAUGGGCGUCGUGAGCAGUAACAUCUUCCGGAACAGGGAUGCGCCCAGGUAUGCGCCUGCGCUGGCGACGACGGCGGCGUUUGGCGCGGCCGGCGGCCUGAUUACGCUUUGUCUGGGCGGCUGGAUGGCCUGGGAUAAUCGGCGGAGGGAUCGGAGGCAGGGGUUGACGACGACAAGGAGGGCGAGGGAGAUUAGUACGGCGUUGCUGAGGGAGGGGCCGGCGGGGGAGGAGUUUCGGUGGUUUCUGUAGCGUGUCUUGAUGGGUUGGGUUGGGUUGGGGUUUGGAAAGGACAGGGGUGGGCGUGGAGUUUGUUACUUAUGUACUGGUGCUGGUAUAUAUAUAUAUACAACAUCCAGUCCUUAUCCGGCCUGACAUGUUCAUUCGUCCAACAGAUCUUCCAGUCAGUCCUCCCAGCGCCUCCUUCCAGCUUUACGCACUUAGGUUGGGACCUUUCCGGCUUGGUAGUCCAUCUAAUCCAUCUAAUCAAUCCGCCUAUCUAAUCUAAUCUCAACACGUCAUGGGUGGCGCAUCCCUACCCCUAUCCACGCCACCUACGACAGGGCUAGGGAGUAUAAAGCGAGCGAUACGUCUCAUAUAGCACCCAC